AUGUCGAUUUCGCGCAGUGUGAUGCCUUCAUAUCAGCCAUUUCAAUGUCUUGUUUGUCAAAGUCGGUUUACUCGCCAUGAGAACCUCAAGCGUCAUUCAGCCCUACAUUCCCGUUCUCAGGCUGAGGCACCGCUCCCCUGUGACUUUUGCCACGCCACUUUUUCCCGUUCAGACCUGCGAAACAGGCACAUGAAAAGGAAGCACCCGGAGCAGGAGCAGCACCGAGUCUCAAAAAGAGUACAUCGGUCAGCGCCUACCCAACCUCGGGCUCACCCUUCUUCAUCACCGGCGGCUGUGUCGCCGGCUGGAAGCCAGGAAGCCACACCUUCUCCAAAUACAGCACAUUCGAGCCCAGAACAGGGAAUUGGAUCUGAGACUACAGCGUGGAACUCGGCGAUACAGUACCAACAGCGGCAUUUCGAUCGGGCUCACCUCGGAGAAACUUCCGCUCUUGCGUCAGACACAUCCCAAAAUCCCAACCCCACAAAGACUCAGCUCACAGCAGGCCAAUUACAACAAAGAGGUCUUAACGAGACUAGCUUAAUUGAUCAAAUUGUUCAAGAUGCAACUGAUAUGGAGCGCAAUUUGCUUAUGGGUACCUCAUUCCUGAAACCUACCGAUCACCCGGAACCGCAACUACCCUUGAUUACCACACCAGACGAUACCCUUGACGCCAAUUUGAGCGCAUUCAACUUCAACCAGCCUAUUCUAGAUCGUCUUUCGCCAAAUGACAUACCCCAGCUCCAGGACGAUUGGUCGCCGACUGCCCUUCAAAUAUCAAGAGGCUGCGAUCUAUUCUUUUCACGAGUCUCACACUUCCUGCCGUUUCUCCAUGCCCCUACCUUCGAUCCCACACAAAGUCCGCCUCAUUUGGUUCUAAGUCUGUUAGCUCUUGCUUAUCACCAUGGUGAGGACCCAGAAUGUGGUGAGCAAGAAGGCUCUGGGGAGAGCUUUUCCAUACGUUGCUUUCACCAAGCCCGGGCCUUACUUGCCUCGGAUGAGGGAAGACCAGAUGCUACAACAAUGAUACCUACUUUGGUUCAAUCAUAUCUGCUUCUCCAAAUAUGUGCGAUGAUGUACCUCUGCGGCGAGAACUCAUCCUCGGGAUUAAAAAUGCAUUCGCAUAUGAUUUCUCUCGCACGCACAGGACGCAUGACACAACCGCUCCCGGUUGAGUCUGGCGCCACAGCAGACUUGGAGUCUCUGUGGCGAGAGUUCAUCAAGGCGGAGUCCUACAAACGAACGCUGUUUGCAGUCCACCAGAUUGAUGCACUGUGGUAUCAGUUCCUAUCUAUUCCUCGGUCCAUCUCACAUCUCGAGAUCAAGCACAAAUUACCUUGCCCUCAAGACCAGUGGGAAUCAUCUUCAUCGGCCGAAUGGGCUCAUCGACAACUUAUUGCCAGAAGCUCUGGGGCUUCUAUUAAAUACACAGAUGCAGUUCGAUGCUUCCUCUCCUCGGACGCAGAUAUUACUACAAUAUCUCCCUUCGAUCCAUAUGGUGCUAUAAACAUCGCCCAGUUCCUGAUUUCAAGCGCCCGUGAGAUCUCAGGCUGGUCUACCAUGACUGGAAUGUUAAGCAUGGAGAGAUUCGGAGCACUGAGAUCAUCUCUCGUCGCCCUCGGUCCCUAUAUUUUCCCGGACACACACGGCUCGCAAAUGAGCCCCGCAGCAUCCUGCGCGGCAACUUGGCAAACUGCCAUGCUCGAGUUACAAAUGUGGUCACCGUCCCAUACUGGUGGUAUCGUUGAAGGCAGCAUUGAUGCUGUGCUGAGUCAAUCAACAUUUCUAGGCACGUCAGAGUAUCUGUGUGAGCCCAGUACUGCCAAAGCUAUACUACCGCAUGUCAACUGGUUUCUGCGGUACCUUGAAGAGACAUUGGUUCCGGAUUCUGAGGCACCGUGGGUUACCUUGUAUGCGUAUAAAGCAUUUUUGAUUGCCUGGCAACUUAUCAAUGGUGGCGCUGCGGGUGCGAUGGAGGCCGUUGGGAUCCAGGAUGGUGACGUGGAGGGAGCUAUGCGGUGGGCGAGGAAAGUUUUCCAAAGGCGACAGAAGAAACAACUUGGAAAGCUGAUUCUGUCUUGUCUGGAUGAGUUGUGCAAAUGA